AAAGGAGAGCAGAGAGGGCUUCCAACUCAGUUCGCCGACUAAGCAGAAGAAAGAUCAAAAAACGGAAAAGAGAAGAGCAAACAGACAUUUCCAGGAGCAAUUCCCUCACCUCCAAGCCGACCGCGCUCUAGGAAUCCACAUUCCGUUCCUUUAGAAGACAAAGGCGCCCCAAGAGAGGCGGCGCGACCCCAGGGCGUGGGCCCCGCCGCGGAGCCCGCACCGCCCGGCGCCCCGACGCCGGGAACCAUGUCUCCCGCCCCUCGACCCUCCCGCAGCCUCCUGCUCCCCCUGCUCACGCUUGGCACCGCGCUCGCCUCCCUCGGCUGGGCCCAAGGCAGCAACUUCAGCCCCGAAGCCUGGCUGCAGCAGUAUGGCUACCUACCUCCAGGAGACCUGCGUACCCACACACAACGCUCACCCCAGUCACUCUCAGCUGCCAUUGCCGCCAUGCAAAAGUUCUAUGGUUUACAAGUGACAGGCAAGGCUGAUUUGGCAACCAUGAUGGCCAUGAGGCGCCCUCGCUGUGGUGUUCCGGAUAAGUUUGGGACUGAGAUCAAGGCUAAUGUUCGGAGGAAGCGCUAUGCCAUUCAGGGCCUCAAGUGGCAGCAUAAUGAGAUCACUUUCUGCAUCCAGAAUUACACCCCUAAGGUGGGCGAGUAUGCUACAUUCGAGGCCAUUCGGAAGGCCUUCCGAGUAUGGGAGAGUGCCACGCCAUUGCGAUUCCGAGAAGUGCCCUAUGCCUACAUCCGGGAGGGACAUGAGAAGCAGGCUGACAUCAUGAUCUUGUUUGCUGAGGGUUUCCACGGCGACAGUACACCCUUUGAUGGUGAAGGAGGCUUCCUGGCUCAUGCCUACUUCCCAGGGCCCAAUAUUGGAGGGGAUACCCACUUUGAUUCUGCCGAGCCCUGGACUGUCCAAAAUGAGGAUCUAAAUGGAAAUGACAUCUUCUUGGUGGCUGUGCAUGAGUUGGGGCAUGCCCUAGGCCUGGAACAUUCCAAUGAUCCCUCCGCCAUCAUGGCCCCCUUUUACCAGUGGAUGGACACAGAGAACUUCGUGUUGCCUGAUGACGAUCGCCGUGGCAUCCAGCAACUUUAUGGAAGCAAGUCAGGGUCACCCACAAAGAUGCCCCCUCAACCCAGAACUACCUCUCGACCCUCUGUCCCAGAUAAGCCCAAGAACCCCACCUAUGGGCCCAACAUCUGUGACGGGAACUUUGACACCGUAGCCAUGCUCCGAGGAGAGAUGUUUGUCUUCAAGGAGCGAUGGUUCUGGCGGGUGAGGAAUAACCAAGUGAUGGACGGAUACCCAAUGCCCAUUGGCCAAUUCUGGAGGGGCCUGCCUGCAUCCAUCAACACUGCCUACGAGAGGAAGGAUGGCAAAUUUGUCUUCUUCAAAGGAGAUAAGCACUGGGUGUUUGACGAAGCCUCCCUGGAACCCGGAUACCCCAAGCACAUUAAGGAGCUGGGCCGAGGGCUGCCCACGGACAAGAUCGAUGCAGCUCUCUUCUGGAUGCCCAAUGGGAAGACCUACUUCUUCCGGGGCAAUAAGUACUACCGGUUCAAUGAAGAAUUCAGGGCAGUGGACAGCGAGUACCCUAAAAACAUCAAAGUCUGGGAAGGAAUCCCUGAAUCUCCCAGGGGGUCAUUCAUGGGCAGUGAUGAAGAUGUUAUCCAGAGGGAAUUCUGCAAAACACAGCUGGAGCCAGUGGAAGAGCCCAGGAGGGUGUGUUGCCAGAGGGAAGAGGAGGGGGAGCCCGGGAAAGGAGUGCGGUUUCCCCAUCACGAGGAAAUUGUUUGGCUGGGAUUCUGGAAUCACAAGAUGCUCUCUGAAGCCAACGAGAGAAAUGGGAAUGCAGAACUGGAGACAAAGGGAGAUGAGCUGGAGGAUCGAUUCUGCGCAGACCGGACUGUGGGGUGGAGGCCGCGUGUGUCUGGUGCUGAUGAUGUACUUGAGCCUGCCCACCGCACCCCGGGACCUUGGAGGGUGCCUUCGUGGUCAGAAGGUCCCACUUGAGUGAGCCACCAUGUCAGGAUAGGAUGACAGGAGGCAGAGGGCCCUCUGGCUCCCAAGGACCUACCAACUGUUUUCACUGGCCUGGCCUGGCCGAUUUGUCUGCUGGGCCUGACCCAGUUUCUAUGGUUCCAAGUUCCUUUAUUCGAAAGCAGCACUUGUGAGUUGGGGCAGCCAGAAGGAGCCAGUUGGAAUAUGUAAGGAGGUUUGGGCUGCCCCAAGGACACUGGGCUAAAAAGAUACCGGAGUGGGAAAGAAGGCUAAGAAGGAGCAGCAGUUUGCCCACCAACACACCCCGUGGGGGGAGGGGCCUCUCUUUACUGCACUCUCCCUUUCCAGGGGUCCUGAUAGCAGCAGGUCCAAAGCCUCUUGGGCUACCACCCAGGCAGGCCAGGGAAGGGACAGCCUAAGAGGAACCGCACUCUCUGCAAGAGAAGAUGUUAGAGAGACAUCUCCACACAUUAUAAUCUGGUUAGCCGUUGUGGUCCUUCCCUGCCCGUUCUCAAUGCCUUUAUCCAUUAAACAGACUUCCCAGCUACCUCUGUAUCCUUGCCCUUGCUGUAGGCCUUCAGUAUACAGAGCAAGGUCUCAGUUGGAACCAGUUCCUUAGUUCAAAUUAGCCCCAUAUCGGGACUAAGGACGUGGCUCUGUGGGAGAACAUUUGCCUAACAUGAGCAGGACUAAAUGUGAUCCUCAGCACAGCAAAGCAAAACUAAGACCCCAAAGAAACUGGGUGGCUGCUCUAUGGAAGCAGAUUCUGACAAGGUUCCUUGGGCAUCUCUUCCAAUGUGUAGCUCCAUGCAGCCAGUAUGCUUUGGGGAACUGUCAGGUUAUCUGUGUUUGUUUGUUGGACCAUGCAGCAGAUCAAUGAAGGCAACCAGGGUAGGGAGGACAGGGCAUGGGAGAGGUUCCUCAGAAAGGAAAGCCAGUUUGCAGCCUACCCCUUUGCUUCUCAGAGGUAGAAGCAAGUGUUCAGAAGGAAGGAAAGUAAAGGCCACAUGGACUCAGAAACCAGAGGGGCUAAAGGUGCUUACAUACAAUAGUAGGGGGUGUUGGUGAACACCUUGAUAAGAAUAGGAGGCACCAGGGGCUGGAGAGAUGGCUCAGUGGUUAAGAGCACUGACUGUUCUUCUAGAGAUCCUGAGUUCAAUUCCCAGUAACCACAUGGUGGCUCACAACCAUCUGUAAUGGGAUCUGAUGCCUUCUUCUGGUGUGUCUGACAGCUACAGUGUACUCAUAUACAUAAAAUAAACAAAUCUUUAAG